UUUUGCUGCUGUUGCUGAGAAAACCCCUGCUGCUGAGACUGCCGUCGCGGCCUCAGCGCAACAGAAUCAGGGUAGGGGUCGCCGCCCCAAGGGGGGGCAUGGGAGGAAGAAGAAGAAGAAGAAGAAGAAGAAGAAGAAGAAGAAGAAGAAGAAGAAGAAGAAGAAGAAGAAGAAGAAGAAGAAGAAGAAGAAGAAGAAGAAGAAGAAGAAGAAGAAGAAGAAGAAGAAGAAGAAGAAGAAAGAAGAAGAAGAAGAAGAAGAAAGAAGAAGAAGAAGAAGAAGAAGAAGAAGAAGAAGAAGAAGAAGAAGAAGAAGAAGAAGAAGAAGAAGAAGAAGAAGAAGAAGAAGAAGAAGAAGAAGAAGAAGAAGAAGAAGAAGAAAGAAGAAGAAGAAAGAAGAAGAAGAAGAAGAAGAAGAAGAAGAAGAAGAAGAAGAAGAAGAAGAAGAAGAAGAAGAAGAAGAAGAAGAAAGAAGAAGAAGAAGAAGAAGAAGAAGAAGAAGAAGAAGAAGAAGAAGAAGAAGAAGAAGAAGAAGAAGAAGAAGAAGAAGAAGAAGAAGAAGAAGAAGAAGAAGAAGAAGAAGAAGAAGAAGAAGAAGAAGAAGAAGAAGAAGAAGAAGAAGAAGAAGAAGAAGAAGAAGAAGAAGAAGAAGACGUAGAAAACACUACUACUGAAGAAACCGUGCAACUGUUCAUCAUCACGAUCGUGUGAUUACACGGAGUUCAAAACAGCCGCC